CGAAGCAGCAGCAUUGGCUUACAAAACCAAAUUCGGUAGCAAGAAACCAAGAGGCUUCCGUCACCACUACCAAAACUGUUAUUCGGAAGCACAGCACAGGAUCACUUCCUGCUGCUUCGGUUCUCGCAUUCACACACACGUAGCUGAAUAAAUCGAUGAUUUGCCACUAAAAAAUUGACCUUUGCCGCCUCCGGCUCCUCCUCCGGCGAGACGUUCCCUCCCCGUCGAGUGGUGGUGUGCGGCCGCCUGGAUUGCAUAGAGGAGCGAAGUUGCCGCACCGGUAGCGGAGGAGGAGGAGACAACCAAGCUGACGGCCUGGUUGCACGCGCCGCCGUUGUCCGUGGGGAUCCCGCCGCCGAGUAGAGUAACCACCGGAACUAGCUAGAAAUAUUUUCUCAAGUUCUCGUCUUGUGGUUGCGGCACUCGUCCUAUGUCCAGCAUUGUGAUGGGGGGCUCUGCUCCUCCAUCUCCAUGUGACACUUACCUGCUGUUCCAUGGAGAGACCCUGCUUCCGAAUGGCGUCCGUGCAUUCCUCUACACCGCCGCCCUCGCCUACUGUUUCAUCGGUCUAUCCGCGAUCACCACCCUGUUCUUCAAGUCAAUGGAGAGCAUCAUGAAGCACUCCCGAGAGGUUGUCACGAUAGAUCCACAGACGAACACGCCUAUUGUGAAGCAGGAGAAGGUGUGGAACUACACAAUCGCGGAUAUUGCUCUCCUUGCCUUCGGUACCAGCUUUCCCCAAAUCUCGCUGGCCACAAUCGAUGCGAUUCGUAACCUGGGUCAACUGACAGCAGGAGGUUUAGGUCCAGGCACCCUUGUGGGUUCUGCUGCAUUCGAUCUAUUUCCCAUCCAUGCUGUCUGUGUGGUUAUGCCAAGGGCAGGUACUAAGAAAAAGAUCUCGGACUUGGGUGUUUGGUUAGUUGAGCUGUUCUGGUCUUUCUGGGCAUACAUUUGGCUGUAUGUUAUUCUAGAGGUGUGGACACCUAGAGUGAUCACCCUCUGGGAGGCCUUGCUGACAGUCUUGCAGUAUGGAUUGCUUCUGCUUCACGCAUAUGCACAGGAUAAGCGGUGGCCAUAUGUUUCGAUCCCUUUUGUGAGAAGUGACAGGCCUGAAGAUUGGGUUCCAAAAGAAGAUGUCUCGGUUGAUUAUGACAGGCCUGUAAGUGCUUUCCAGGAUGAGGAUACUAGGAAUAUAUUCUCUGUGCAAUCCUACCCCGAUGCAGAGUACAGUAAAGUUCCAGGAAAGGAUAUGGAAGGAUCGUCAACACUGAAUCAUGUUGUAAAGAACACACGAGAGGAUACACCCUGGCUUUCUAUUUGGUGUCAGCAAUUUGUUGAUGCUGUAACGUUGGAGAGCCCUAAGUCAAGGAAGAUGAAUUCCGUCUGCCUGAGGUUCACCAGAAUCUUUUGGAACCUGAUCAUUGCACCUUGGAAAUUGUUAUUUGCUUUUGUGCCCCCAUAUGACAUUGCACAUGGCUGGAUCGCUUUUAUAUGCUCCCUGAUCUUCAUAAGUGGUAUUGCUUAUGGUGUGACUAAGCUUACAGAUCAGAUAAGCUGCGUCACAGGAGUAAGUCCAUAUGUAAUAGCAUUCACAGCACUGGCUGCUGGAACCUCAUGGCCAGAUCUAGUUGCUAGCAAGAUAGCUGCUGAGCGUCAAGUCACUGCAGACUCUGCAAUAGCCAACAUCACUUGCAGCAACUCGGUGAACAUAUAUGUUGGCAUUGGCGUUCCGUGGUUGAUCAACACAGUGUACAAUUUCUUUGUCUACCAGGAACCCCUGUACAUAGACAAUGCUGAUGGUCUCAGCUUCUCCCUUCUAGUCUUCUUUGCAACAUCAUUUGGCUGUAUCACGGUUUUGGUUCUCCGUCGCAUUAUACUUGGUGCUGAGCUUGGGGGCCCUAGGCUGUGGGCUUGGGUUACAUCAGUGUACUUCAUGAUCCUUUGGGUUGUUUUUGUUGUGUUUUCCUCUCUAAGAGUUUCUGGAGUGAUAUAGACUGAGAUGCAAAGGAAAGUAUCAUUUUUGAAAAAAAGAAAAAAAAUCUUUGUUGCUUUUCAUAUUUCUCUGGGUAUACACAGAAAACGUAUGUGCUGGCCAAAGUUAGUGUCCUUCACUUUAGAUACAUGUGAAGAUGUGCUUGAUGGCUGAUGAGACUAAUCUUUGGUGUUUAGCAUGCGUGUGGGGGCUCAGAGCCCUGUGGCCCGCUUAGGGUCAAGUGUUGGUCGAGUUUUUUGUUCAAUGGCGCGUUUGUAUUCGUUGCACGCUUUUAAGGGUGUGUUGUGUCGUGUUCAGGUGGUGUUGGGUCCCCUAUUGUGGGGUAUGUCUGUACUACUCCGUUUCUUCUCUCUUUAAUAUAAAGAUACAUAGCUCUUCUGCGUGUUCGAGAAAAAAAAAACUAUUAUUCAUAUAAUGGGUGAAGUUGUGCCUGAGAAAACCAGUUGUGUCACUCUUGAUUGAAACUGAGAAUC